AUGUGCGUACCGCUUGGCGAUGCUGCUUGCUGCAAGGCUAUAGUAAUGCAGGACUUGCAGCAGCUGGAUGACUGCGUGGAGUUUCUUGUUCUCGGCCACAAGGUGAAGGGCGAUGCCUCCUACUCUUCUGGCCCCCCCCGGUUCAAGUAUGAGGCCCCAGGGAAACUCGCAACCACAGGAGCUGUAAGCGGUAACAGUGACAAAGAAACAGAUGAUAUGUUUACAGAAUCUUCUACCGAAGGAACUGAUGCUGCUGCUGCUGCUGCUGCUGCUGCUGCUGCACGCACUGGGCGGUGUACAGUCACCUCCAAGCACGGCGUCAGCUUCGACUGGUUGGUUGCUCUGGGGUGUCUGAACUGUGGGGCCCCCGUAGAGCUGCGGCGAGAUCUGGUGGCAGCAGCAGAGGAAGCAACAGCAGCAGCAGCAGCAGCAGCAAAGGAAGGUACAGCAGCAGCAGCAGCUCUAGCUGCUGAGAAAGCUGUAUUGCGGUGUCGCCGCUGCGGCCACGAUAUAGCCCCUUUACAUUCAUCUUCUGAAUCUGAAUGUCUUAUAGAACGAAUGGAAUCCUGUGGUUAUACAAAACCUAAUCUUUCUUCAGGGGGUGUAUAUAUGUACGGCAGCCGCAGCAGCUACAACUUUGGCUCUGAGAAGGAGGAAAUAAAACUACAUGCAAAGAAAUAUGUGAACGCUGCGGACAUACUGAAGCUUUCUUUUCUACCUUUCAAGCCAGAAGUGCUGAUGAGGGAAUGA